AUGUGUGCGCUUUGUCUCGGCACCAUCCCCGGUGAGUAUGGCUCUCUGGCUGAGAUGGAGGAUCUCCUGUUAAGGAACCUGUUCCAGGGGUACCAGCGCUGGGUCCGGCCCAUCCAGCACGCCAACGACACGGUCACAGUACGCUUCGGACUCAAGAUCUCACAGCUGGUGGACGUGGAUGAGAAGAACCAGCUGAUGACCACUAAUGUGUGGCUGUGGCAGGAGUGGAUAGAUUAUAAACUGCGAUGGAACCCUGAGGACUAUGGUGGGAUCACAUCGAUCAGAGUUCCAUCUGAGACUAUCUGGCUGCCCGACAUUGUGCUCUAUGAGAAUGCUGACGGGCGGUUCGAGGGCUCCCUGAUGACCAAAGCCAUCGUUAAGUCCAACGGUAGAAUCACGUGGACCCCUCCGGCCAGCUACAAGUCAGCCUGCACUAUGGACGUCACCUUCUUCCCCUUCGACAGACAAAACUGCUCCAUGAAGUUUGGCUCCUGGACCUACGAUGGUAACAUGGUGGACAUGAUCCUGUUAGAUGACUAUGUAGACAGGAAGGACUUCUUCGACAACGGCGAGUGGGAGAUCCUGAACGCCACGGGGGCCAGAGGAAACCGGCGGGACGGAAUGUAUUCCUUCCCCUUUAUAACGUACUCGUUCAUUCUGAAACGUCUCCCGCUGUUCUAUACACUCUUUCUUAUUAUUCCGUGUCUCGGUCUGUCGUUCCUGACCGUGCUGGUGUUCUAUCUUCCGUCGGAUGAAGGGGAGAAGCUCUCUCUCUCCACCUCCGUCCUUGUGUCUCUCACUGUGUUCCUCCUGGUCAUAGAAGAGAUCAUCCCAUCUUCCUCCAAGGUCAUCCCUCUCAUCGGGGAGUACCUCCUCUUCAUCAUGAUCUUCGUCACCCUCUCCAUCAUCGUCACGGUGUUUGUCAUCAACGUGCACCACCGGUCCUCAGCCACCUACCACCCCAUGUCACCCUGGGUUCGUUCCCUCUUCCUUCAGAGGCUACCUCGGAUGCUGUGCAUGCGGGGCCACACUGACCGGUACCACUACCCAGAGCUGGCGCUGGAGAGCCCUGAGCUGAAUCCCCAGUCUGGGGGUCAGAGGAGCAGCGGGGCCCAUGGACAGAGUCCUCUGGAGGGGAAGGAAGAUGAGAGUCAAGCCUGGGUCACCAUGCUGGAGAGAGCUACGUACUCUGUGCGUUACAUCAGCUGCCAUAUACGCAAGGAACACUUUAUCAGAGAGGUGGUCCUGGACUGGAAGUUUGUGGCUCAGGUUCUGGACAGGAUCUUCCUGUGGGCCUUCCUCACUGUGUCUGUCCUGGGGACCAUCCUAAUCUUCACCCCUGCCCUGCAGAUAUUCCUUAGUACCCCUCCCCAGUCGGGACCCAGCAACCCCCAUUAA